AUGGAGCUCUGGAACUCCACCUUAGGAAGUGACUUCAUCUUGCUUGGGAUCCUGAGUGACAGUGAGUCUCCUGAGCUGCUCUUUGCCACAUUCACAACCCUGUACAUGUUUGCUCUGAUCAGCAAUGGCCUGCUGCUCCUGAUCAUCACAACAGAUGUCCGGCUCCAUGUACCCAUGUACCUCCUGCUUGGGCAGCUCUCACUAAUGGACAUGCUGCUUACAUCAGUUGUCACUCCCCAGGCCCUCAUGGAUUUUCUGUACAGAGAAAACAGAAUAUCUUUUGCAGGAUGUGCCCUCCAGAUGUUCCUGAUGCUGAUACUUUGUGGUGCAGAGGACUUGCUAUUGGCCUUCAUGGCCUAUGACAGGUAUGUGGCCAUUUGUCAUCCUCUGAACUACACGGUCCUCAUGAGGCCAAGUAUCUGCUGGUUCAUGGUGGCCUCAUCCUGGAUACUGGCAUUUCUGAGUGCUCUGGGAUACACGUUGUAUACCAUGCACUAUCCCUUCUGCAAAUCCCACAAGAUCAGACACUUAUUAUGUGAGAUUUUCUCGUUGCUGAAGCUGGCCUGUGAAGACACCUCCAGAUAUGAACUCAUGGUCUAUGUGAUGGGGGCAGGCUUCCUGAUUCCACCUCUUGUUGCCAUUGUUGCCUCCUACACAUUAAUUCUCUUCACUGUGCUGCAGAUGCCAUCAAAGGAAGGGAGGAAGAAAGCACUUUACACCUGCUCUUCCCACCUGACUGUGGUAGGGAUGUAUUAUGGUGCAGCUGCAAUCAUUUAUGUCCUACCCAGUUCCUUCCACAAUCCCAAACAGGACAACAUCACCUCUGCUCUCUACACAAUAGUCUCUCCAGCCUUGAACCCUCUCAUUUACAGCCUGAGAAAUAAGGAUGUCAUGCGGUCUUUAAGGAGGGUCUUGGGAAAAUAUAUUGUGCACACACACCGUACCCUCUAG